GGGCCGAGCGCUCCCCGUGAGCGGCGGGGCCGGGCCGGGACCCCCGGGGGGGACCCCCGGGCCGGGACCCCCGGGCGGGCCAUGGCGGGGAGCGGCGGAGCCGGGGCGGCCCCGCGGGAGCACCGCCUGCAGCCCGGGGACACCCUGCCGGGGCUGGCGCUGCGCUACGGGGUGACGAUGGAGCAGAUCCAGCGUGCCAACCGCCUCUACUCCUCGGACACGAUCUUCCUGAGAGCCACGCUGCUCAUCCCGGGACACCGGGACACCCCCGGGGACACGGCCGGGGACACGGCCGGGGACAUUCCCGGGGACACGGCCGGGGACAUUCCCGGGGACACCCCCGGGAACACCCCCGGGAACACCCCCGGGGACACCCCCGGGGACCGGCCCGGCCCCUCCCGCCGCGACCUCUCGGCCUCGGAUUUCCUGCGGCGCUUGGACGCCGAGAUCGGGCGCUCCAAGGAGGCGGCGGCGCAGCGGCUGCAGGGCCGGAGCGCCAGCCCCGCGCCCGCCGCGGGUGGCCCCGGCCCCGCGUCCCCUCGGGGGGCUCGGCUCGGAGCCCGGCCCCUCACCAGGACCCCGCGGGCGGCCGCGCUCCGCGACGCCGAGGACGAGAUCUUCACCUUGUGACAGCGGGGACAGCGGGGACAGCGGGGACAGCAGGACAUUGGGGACAGCAGGACAUUGGGGACACCCAGCACGAGAUCUUCACCUUGUGACAGCGGGGACAGCGGGGACAGCGGGGACAGCAGGACAUUGGGGACACUGCAAUGGGACACUGGGGACAGCAGGACGAGAUCUUCACCUUGUGACAUU